AUGACUGUUUCAAGUUUUUUUGUUAUUUUCGUUGCAAUUUCAUUGGCAACCGCUUACCACGAGAAACGAAAAUGUAAGAUGGAUCUUGGUUUGAUAGUUGAUACAACAAAAAGUAUCAAAGAAGUAAACAUACCCAUACUGCAAAACGCGCUUAAACACCUCAUCGAAGAAUUUGACAUCGGAAGCGAUAAAACUCACGUGUCUUUGGAGACAUUCUCCAAUGAGGCUACACUUCACAAUAAAUUCAGCGACGAGCAAUAUCACAAUGAAGCUGCCCUACUGGAAUUGAUAACAAACAGCGUCAAUGACCUCGCCCAACCGACUCGACUGGACAAAGCACUCGUGCUUUCCAAAGAUGAAAUGUUUUCAGAAGAGAAUGGAUUGAGGUCGGAUGCUCAAACUGUGGUGGUUCUCUACACAGAUGGAAGAUCGCAUCCCGAUACCGAGGAUUUUUUUCUGGAUAUUAUAGCACUUAAGAGGAAAGGUGCCCGUAUUGUCGUCGUCGGUAUCGGCCCAGACGCCCAGAAACUAAAGUAUCGUCAAGUCCUUGACUACAUUGGAGGCUCACAUUUGUUUUUCGUGGACGACUAUAAAAAUCUCGACGAAGCAACCCACGACAUUGGAAAACUGAUCUGUCCACCGGAUCCCUGUGAGAAAUCUAAAGGGAUGGACGUAGCAUUUGUGAUAGACAAGACCAAAAGUCUAGGGGUGCCGAAUCUCUUGCUGCUCAAAGGCUUCGUCAUUGAGCUCAUUGAUGCGUUACACAUUGGUCCAAACAACACACACGUUGGCGUGAUUACAUUUAACAGGAAACCAAAGGUCCUCACCACCUUCGCAGAUGAAAAUCUGUACAGCAACAAAGCCGCACACGACUUCAUUGCUGGGAUGUCUAUCGCCCUUGGUGACCUUACCUUCAUAGACAAAGCUCUGAACGCUGCCGCACAAAAGCUUUUUACUGAAGAGGGAGGAGACAGACCGAAUUUUCCAAACGUUCUGAUCCUCUUGUCGGACGGAAGAACAAAUAUAAAGUCAAAACCCUUCUCCACAAUCAUCCCUCUUCUAGAGGAAAAAAAAGUCCACAUUGCUGCCGUUGGAAUUGGUGCAUAUGAAGAUUUCGAAGGCCAACUGGAGGAAAUCGCAGGAAAAAACGUUUACAAUGCCAGCAACUUUGACAAUCUGUCGGAUCUGUUCGAAAACAUUCUGGCUGAAACGUGCAGUGUGGAUGGCCAUCUUUCCCGCUGGAGCUUGUGGUCUGAAUGUGAUGCGCGUUGUGGUGGUGGAGUUCAGACAAGAACACGAACCUGUACAAACCCUUCCCGCGAGGGACGCGGAAAGACCUGUAAGGGUCCUCUGGAGGAGACCAGAGCUUGUAAUGAGCAGCCGUGUUCAGAUGGUGUUGCCCAUGCAGCAAUCGAGAGUCAUGGGAACCGGGCAACAUUAAGUGAAGAUUUUGGCAGCUCUGACAUUUUAGCUACUAUAAUGUGA